AAAAAUGAAUAUACGUUAUGCCUACUGUGAUAUAGUCCAUUUUAUAGAAAUUAAUUAAAUACAAAAAAAAAAUCAAAAUACCGCACCCUUUUUUGGCCCCAAGGUCAAAGUACCAUAAGAUGGCGGCUAUUCGGGGUCUUGGAAAGACAAUGGUGUGAUAAUGCCAAAGCUGCUAGAAAACAGGCGAUUUGUGCCGUGAUUGAAGUAUUGAGUGAAAAAAUCUUUUUGAAAAUGUGUUUAAUUCAUUUGGAAAUUUAUUCUUAACGUAAGUUAAUGGCUAAAUGUGGGGUAGUUUUGACUUUCUUAUACCUAGCACUUGAUGGAUUAAUCUACCCCCAAAUUCUCAAAACUCCACCAGAGUUGGUGUUGGUUUUGAAUGGAUACCGUGUUGAAUUGAGAGCAUGUGCUAAUGCCUAGUGCAUUUUUGUCACUUUCAUCUUCGAUGGCAUCGAGAAAAUCCAAUGCAUACAACACUAAAGGUAGCAAUGAGAAGUAUUGGACAGCAAUAUUUGAUUAUGAAGCCAAAAGAGAGGAUGAGUUGACAUUAAGGAAAGGUUGUCAGGUGGAGGUCCUGUCCUAUGAUUCCCACAUUUCAGGGGAUGAGGGAUGGUGGACGGGACGGGUGGGAAACAGUGUUGGUAUUUUCCCCAGUAACUUUGUCACCAACAACCUCAAUUUUAGUUUCCCAGAGGAAAAAGUUAUUCCAGAUAGACCAUUUGAAAUUGAUUUUAAUGAAUUACAGCUGGAAGAAGUUAUUGGCAUUGGAGGAUUUGGCAAAGUUUAUAGGGGUCUGUGGAAAGGAGAAGAAGUUGCUGUGAAAGCUGCUAGACAUGACCCCGAUGAACCCGUUAGUGCAACAAUUGAAAGUGUCAGACAAGAAGCCAAAGUAUUUUGGUUGUUAAAUCACAUAAAUAUUGCUUCAUUAAAGGGAGUGUGUUUAAAGGAACCCAAUUUAUGUCUUGUGAUAGAAUAUGCAGCGGGUGGAUCAUUAAAUCGUGUUUUAUGUGGUCGAAGAAUUCCUCCUGAAAUUUUAGUGCAAUGGGCCAUUCAGAUUGCUAGGGGUAUGCACUACCUGCACGAAGAAUCUCCGAUACCUUUGGUACACCGUGAUCUGAAGUCAAGCAAUAUCUUAUUAAAAGAGAAGAUUGAAAAUGAUAACCUAGAAAAUAAAACCCUCAAGAUCACUGACUUUGGAUUGGCACGUGAGGUCUCCAAGACAACCAGGAUGAGUGCUGCAGGGACUUAUGCAUGGAUGGCCCCUGAGGUCAUAAAAACCUCCACCUAUUCCAAAAACAGUGAUGUCUGGAGUUAUGGUGUGGUACUGUGGGAGCUACUGACAGGAGAGACCCCCUAUAAGGGGAUAGAUGCCUUGGGUGUGGCUUAUGGAGUAGCCGUCAACAAACUGACCCUCCCAAUACCCUCCACGUGUCCAGGACUUUUUGCUCAUCUCAUGUCUGAUUGUUGGCACCAGGAGUCUCACCAGAGACCCACUUUCGCUGAAAUCCUACGUCGAUUGGAUGAAAUUUCCACCUCCCCUUUUAUGACCACCCCUCAGGAAAGCUUCCACACCAUGCAGGAGGACUGGAGGUUGGAAAUUGAGGAAAUGUUUAAUGAACUUAGGAGUAAAGAAAAGGAGCUGAGGAGUAGGGAGGAAGAACUGACAAAGGAAGCCCUGAAACAGAAGAAGGUGGAGGAGUUUUUGUAUAAGAGGGAGCAGGAGUUAAAGGAGAGGGAGAUUGAGCUGGUGGAAAGGGAACUCAAUAUAAUGAUCCUACAACAAAUCAUGGGCAACCCCAAACCCAGGACCAGGAAGGGAAAAUUUAAAAAGAGCCGCCUCAAACUGCUCAAGUCUGGUGGCUCUUCUAUCAGUGAACCUUCUGACUUUCGACACAACAUUACUGUGAAACAUGAAGUUCCAAUCUCAAAUCACAAUCCAUCAAGUCCUGAUAGUCCACCUCAGUCUCCAACAUAUACUCCAUCACGGCUGAGGGCGAUAGCAUAUCCAGCAGAUGGGGUGAAAGGUCGCACUUGGGGACCAAGUACAGUAAAAAAUGAACGGCACCAAAGAACAUCAGUCAUUUUUGCAGAUGGGCGCUGGUCUAAAAGUGCUCCAAACUUAGAACGAUCUCUGAAGAAUUUAGGACAUUCCAACACAGGAGCUCUGAACUCUCUAUAUGGUGAUGAAAACGACUGGCCAACAGAUUUAUCAGAAGUCAAGAACAGGAACAUUCCAUACUGCAGUGCCGAUUUUUCAAGAUAUGUAAAAAAGUCAGAAAGUAAAACAGAGAGUGCUCUGUUCAAUAUGACAGCCAUGUUAGUAGGAAUUGUGACCGGUUGUGAUAUUAAAACUCUUGGCCCUCUCAUACCCAAGGAGGAGGCAAAGAAUCGUAGAAAGCGGGAUUCGUAUAUCAUGAACCGCAGGGACGCAUACAACGCAGCAGUGCGCGAUUCUUUUCUAGACAGUGAGGACUUCGUUUCGAGUCGGUUCAGUUCCCCAUCAGGGUACCCCCACCAUACAUACCAUGGCUAUCAAGUGCGACAAAGACCUGCUUUAAAUUUGGAUGUGCCAAUCAGAUUUACAGAGGAGCAGAAUAUUCCAAAUUAUUCUCAGACUUCCUCUACUUAUCAAUCUACAAGUACCAUAGAUUCAGAUGUGACAGUUCAACGAAGAUCUCUGUAUGACAGUAAUGCCAGUACACUAGUAUCAAGCUCUCCGAGUCAUAACACACUAAAAAGACAGUCAUCUGACAGCAGUACUAGUAAUUAUGAUACCCCCCGUACAUCCAGGAACCUUCACAGACACUCGGUCACUUUUGAAGAUGAAUACCCCAGCAACUACAAAUCAUAUAACACUCAGAACAAACAGUCUCCCCCAAAUACCUCAAACUUCUUCCAUGAUCAGGACUCGCACAGUCACCUCAUCCAGCCAGAGGUCAGUAAUCCCUGGGGUAAUGGAGCCCCACCCAGGCCCCCACCAUAUGUCAGUGAUACACCACCCCCAGUUGUACCCAGGGAUUAUCAUUCUCGGCAACAGGAGGAUUCAGAACCACCUCCCCCCAUACCCCCGAGGAGGAAGUUUAACAAUCUUAAUGGGGACACCCAUGCAGAGAGACCAAAGACUUUAGACAUGGGACCUCGUAAUAGACCUCGCCUUCCACCCCCUCCCCCAAUCCCCACCCCUCAAAGAAAUGACCCUCAAGACUCCCCUACUCAGUGGUUGGAAAAAAGUGAAAGUUUGGACACGCCUUAUUAUUCCACCCGGUCCAGCUUAUCCCCUGGGCAUACACCCCCUCAUAUCACUCACCACACUACCUUGCUGGACAUUGAUGUGGAUGGACAAAGUAAUGACAGCACAAAACCCCUUAUACGGCAGAAUGCAAAACAUAUCUUUGAAUUCGGUCAGGAAAUGUUGUAUUAAAAGGAUGUUAUUUUGAUGAGGACACAAAAAUUAUGACCUUUUUUACUGGAACAUUACAAAAUCAAGACUUUUCCAUGGGGAAUACUAAAUUGCAAAAACGUAGGGUUUUCAAUUCAAUGUUUUGAUACAAAGUCUCAUUGAGAGAAAGUGUAUACAAAUAUGUAGUGCAUUUAUUAUGAAAAUUACACAAAUGGAUGUAUGAGUAUGUUCAAAACAUAAUGUAUUUAGAAUUUGGAAAAGUUUUGUCUCUGUUGUAUUUUAGUAUUUGUAAAUAUGAAAUAGUUUUAAAAUAUGAUAUUUUUACCUUUUUUUAUUUAUCAAAUGUUUGUGUGUGUGCACCUUCCAUUUUGUUGUGUUUUGUUUAUUGAAAGUUUUAUAUCCAUUAAAUUAUAUAUAGAAAGUAUAGAAUCUAUGGUAGUUGGUAAGUCUGAAUUGUGAUAUAUAUAUAUGAUAUAUAUACAUAUAUAUAUAUAUUUAAAAUCCACGAGUUUUCUAACACACAUAGACACUAAGUGUUUGAAGGAUUUAGAUAUAUUUCAUAGCGAAUGAUCAUAAACUCUAGAGGCAAAAUUUAUUUGCCAAUUAAAAUUUAGAAUAUUUUAAAUUAGUAAUUUUUUUUUUUAUAAAGAACGUAGGUAACUAUCCAGAUAUAAUUGUGCCAUGGGAAUUUUAGGAAUAUUUUUACAAUAUAUGCCAGAGGAAUGUGGUUAGACACAUACACUCCUAGUGAUAGGUAGGACUGAUUAUUUGUAAGGUUGAAUGUUGAAGUAUGGAAUGAACCUGAAUCUGUAAGUGACUGUUGAAUGAUGAGGAAAAAGAUACAUUAAAGUAUUAAAACCAUAAAAAUCAUUAUAUGCAAACGAAAUCUGAAAUACGCAGAAAUGCCAAAAAUAAUGUUUUAAAUACUACGUAAGCAUUUGGUUAUGUUGAAAGCAAUAUUUUGUUUUUGUGUAAAUACUUGGCCAAAAAAAUUGUGCAAUUGAAAUGUAAAACAAAAUUAGAAUGAAAAAAAUAUGUGUGAUAAAUUUAUAAAAGAAAAAAAUCUAUGAUUAAAAGUUUAUGGCAAACAAGACUAAAAACUGUUGAUGAGUCUGAUAUUGUGAUCUUUUUUUUUUUUUAUUACACAUAUAUACCAAAGUGCCAUUUCUCUUAAUCAAGGAUACAUGCUACAAACCAAACUUUUGAAAUACAUAGAUAAGUAUUUAUUUUUCGCUGAUAAAAAUGUAUACCUUUGGUGAAAAUUAGGGUUUUAUGAUUUUUUUUCUACACAUUGAUAUGUUUUUUCAUCUGUUAUUGUAAUUUCAAUACAUUAAGAGAUGCUAUUUAUUUCAUGCAGACAUGCAUUCAUUGAUAAAUAUAUUGGGAAAAGUUUGUAGCCUGUAUCCUUAGAGAGACAUUUCAUUCUUGGAAAUUUUUAGGGUACAUAAAUACAUUUUAUAGGUAUAUGAAAUAUCUAUAUUAUGUAAUACAUAUUUUGUUAAAAAAAAUUAUAUGGAUGUAUGAAAGUUUUAAGCAGCCCACUUAUCAGCAAAGAUUUUUCGUACAUAGCCAAUGUUUUAUAAAAAUAGAUGUCUUGAUAAAUCUGUUCAGUUUGCUUAUGUAUAUAAAAUGGUUUUAGUAAAAGAACAUUGAUGAAGAUGUAUAUAUAAUUCUGUUAUAUCUUUCAUUUUAUAGUCAUCAUCAGUCACACUCAUAAAUUCUUCAUCAAAAGGAAACUGCAAGGGAUAGAUUUUUGGUUAUUAAACACUUUCUUAUUCUGUUCUCUUUUGGCAUAUUACAAUAAAAAUGUGCUCUUCAGAACAGCAAAAGGUAACAUUUUUUGCCUACAAUUUACAUUUUCUCACUGAAAAAUAGAAUGGUAGUAAAAAACAAUAUUGGUAAGGGAGAAAGUUAUUCUAAUGUGUAGUUAAAUUGCAGGCCAGUUACAUAUUUAGUUUUCUACAAAGUGAACUCAGAAAACUUUCUGACUCUUUAUAAUAGGUUUGUCUUGUUGCAUUGUUGACUACUUUUUCAACUAUUUUUUCUAUCAACAAAUGUACAUUUAUUUAACUCUGUGCAACCAUUGUGAUGUGUCAUAUCAUCAAUUCAAUCUUCAAUCAAUUGCAAUAUAUGAUCUUCUUGUGUAGUAGAUUUAUGCAAGACUUUUUUCUAUCUGUAGCAAAUCUUAUUUCUUUGCAAUUCAUUCACAGCAAGUGUAUCUGAAGACUACCAAAUUUGUUUGCAUUGGGAAAGUUCCAGAUCAAUGAGAAAAUCUCUGCAUCAUCAAUCAGAACUUCUUAUUUGAUUUAUAAGAACAAUUUGUACCACAUGCUCUCCCCAUUUUUAUAUGCACAAAGAAUUUGAAUCAAAAGUGUUGGAACAUUUUCAGUAAAAUGAUAAUUGUUUUGUAAAUUUUAUUGAUGUACCAUAUUUUGCACAUCGAACUUUGCUUUACUUAAAAAUCAUAUUGACGCUAAAGGUAUCGAGAAGUUAUAUAUAGUUUGCAAAGAGUGUACAGGGCAUUUCAAUGACUACCUCGAUGACAAUUUUAAUACUUGUUAACAAUAAAUUUGGUUAAAAAUAAUACUGAAUGAAACAUUUAAAAAGGUUGAAUUACACGUGGAACUGAUCCUGCAAUCAACAGACUGGUAGCUACAACUGCAUCACAUCAGACCAAUGACAUAGAGUACAUUUGUUUGUCUCAAAAAUCUGAACAAUGUAUUGUAUGAUAUAUAAAAUAUACUAUAUAUUUGACAAGUAAAAAAAUAAUAUGGAGAA